GCGGCGAGCAUGUAAAAUAAUCUCCGCGAAAAUGGACAAAGGGAAAUACUUCUACGUCUUCGUUGUGCUUUCGCAAGUACUGGGAUUAUCAUGCGGUCAGUUCUUUCCAGGCAGCUGCACUUUUGAGGAGAACUACAACAACUGUGGCUACAGCGUGGCCCUGGGUACCACGGGCUUCGCCUGGGAGCAAGUCAACACCUUCGAGAAGCCCACCAUGGACGCCAUCCCCACAGGGUCCUUCAUGGUGGUGAACGCUUCGGGACGUGCCUCGGGCCAGAAGGCCCACCUGCUGCUGCCCACUCUGAAGGAGAACGACACCCACUGCAUCGACUUCCACUACUCGCUAUCCAGCCGCGACGGCGCCAGCCCCGGCUCGCUCAACGUCUACAUCAAGGUGGACGGCGGUUCCCAGGGCAACCCCGUGUGGAACGCUUCCACGGUGACCGAGGGCUGGGCCAAGGCCGAGCUGGCUAUCAGCACCUUCUGGCCCAACUCCUACCAGGUGAUAUUCGAGGCGGUGUCUGUUCAGGGUCGUCCCGGUUUCCUGGCGGUGGACGAGGUGCACGUGCAGGCCCACCCAUGCCGAAACGCGCCGCACUUCCUGCGUCUGCAGAGCGUGGAGGUGAACGUGGGGCAGAACGCCACCUUCCAGUGCAUCGCGGGGGGCAAGUGGUCCCAUUACGACAAGCUUUGGCUGCAGCAAUGGAACGGCAAGGACACGGCGUUGAUGCUGACGCGCAUGGUGAACCAGCGUCGCUUCUCGGCCACGGUGAGCGUGGCGGACACGUCCCAGCGCGGCAUCAGCAAGUACCGCUGCGUCAUCCGCUCCGACGGCGGCUCCGGCGUCUCCAACUACGCAGAGCUCAUCGUCAAAGCUCCUCCGACGCCCAUCGCGCCCCCCGAGCUGCUGGCCGUCGGCGCCACCUACCUGUGGAUCAAGCCCAACGCCAACUCCAUCAUCGGCGACGGGCCCAUAAUGCUGAAGGAGGUGGAGUACCGGACCACCAAGGGCAACUGGGCCGAGACGCACAUCGUGGACUCGCCCACCUACAAACUAUGGCACCUGGACCCAGAUGUGGAGUACGAGAUCAAGGUGCUGCUGACCCGGCCCGGGGAGGGGGGCACGGGACCGCCCGGACCGCCCCUCAUUACGCGCACCAAGUGCGCAGACCCGGUGCACGGGCCGCAGAACGUGAACGUGGUGGACAUCCGCGCCCGGCAGCUGACCCUGCAGUGGGACGCGUUUGGGUACGCGGUGACGCGCUGCCACAGCUUCAACCUGACGGUGCAGUACCAGUACGCCUUCAACCAGCAGGAGUUCGCGGCCGAGGAGCUCAUCCAGACGUCCACGCACUACACGCUGCGCGGGCUGCGACCCUUCGUCACCGUCAAGCUGCGGCUGGUGCUGGCCAACCCUGAGGGGAGCAAGGAGAGCGAGGAGAUCGUCAAGCAGACCGAGGAGGACGUGCCUGGUCCGGUUCCCAUGGAGUCCAUCCAGACUGGCCCGUACGAAGAGAAGAUCUACAUGCAGUGGAAGGCUCCCAACGAGACCAACGGGGUCAUCACUCUUUACGAGAUCACCUUCAAGGCCCUGAACUCGCUGGACCCCAGUGCGGACCUCACCACGCAGCACGGCCGCGUCUUCAAGCUGCGCAACGAGACGCACCACCUGUUCGUGGGCCUGUACCCCGGCACCACCUACUUCUUCACCCUCAAGGCCAGCACCAGCAAGGGCUUCGGCCCCCCCGUCACCACCCGAGUCACCACCAAGAUAGCACCUCCCCAGAUGCCCGAGUACGAGACGGACAUGCUGCUGAACGAGACGGACACCACCAUCACCGUACUCCUCAAGCCCGCCCAGUCCAGGGGUGCUCCUAUCAGUGCGUACCAGGUGGUGGUGCAGGAGGAGCGGAAGCAGAAGGUGCGUCGUCGUCGCGCGGCGGAGGCGGUGGAGUGCUUCGACAGGCCCGUCAGCUACCGCAACGCCUCCAUCCUCAACUCCGCCCACUACUUCGCCGCCGAGCUACCGCCCACCACCGUGGCCGCCACCCACUCCUUCACCAUCGGCGACAACAAGACCUACAACGGCUUCUGGAACGCCCCGCUGUCGCCCGCCAAGAGCUACAGCAUCUACUACCAGGCCCUGUGCAAAGCCAAUGGGGAAACCAAAAUCAACUGUGUGCGGCUGGCUACUAAAGUGGUAAUAGGUAGGGGACAAAUAACCACGCCGUACAUACUUGUCAUCCCCAGUGAAGGGGCCUCCACUCAGAACUCCAACGCGGUGGAGCCGGAGAAGCAGGUGGACAGCACCGUCAAGAUGGCCGGCGUCAUCGCGGGCAUCCUCAUGUUUGUCAUCAUCCUGCUGGGCGUCGUGCUGACCUUCAAGAGAAGGGAGUUACACUCCUGGAGAACCCUAAGCGUGGGAAGAAAUGCCUAUUCCUACUCUUACUACCUGAAACUGGCUAAGAAGCAGAAGGAGACGGCCAGCAGCAGUACGCAGCAGAGGGAGAUGGGCCCGGUGGGCACGGCCGAUAAGAGCACCGCCAAGGUCAGCACCCUGCACAAGGACGACCCCUUCUCCACCAGCAACCAGGACCUCAACGGCUUCUCCUCCUCCUCCCCUUGUUCCUUCUCCGUCCAAGGAAGCAAAACUCUUCAAAGCAAGACUCUUGUCAACUCCUACUACUCAGUCUCCAAAGAGCCUGUUCCGGCGACCGCAUCUUUAGGUAACAGCCACAGUGAGCUGACCCAGCCCUCCAUGACCAUCCAGACGUACCCGUACGGCGGCUGCGAGUCGGUGGAGAUGUCCUACCAGCCGGGCCAGAUCCAGCCGGCCAUCCGCGUGGCCGACCUGCUGCAGCACAUCACACAGAUGAAAUGCGGCCAGGGCUACGGCUUCAAGGAGGAGUACGAGGGUCUGGCUGAGGGACAGACGGCGCCCUGGGAGACGGCCAAGAAGGAUGAAAACCGCAACAAGAACCGCUACGGGAACAUCAUUGCUUACUUGUCUUGUUUUCCCACAUUUGACCCCACAGAUGAUCAGACUCGGGUCCGCCUGCAACCGUUGGAUGGAGACCCCCACUCCGACUACAUCAACGCCAACUACAUUGACGGUUACCACAGACCAAGGCACUACAUCGCAACUCAAGGACCUAUGCAGGAAACAGUGAGAGAUUUCUGGCGGAUGAUUUGGCAGGAGAACUCCGGCAGCAUCGUCAUGGUUACCAACUUGGUUGAAGUGGGCAGGGUGAAGUGUGUGCGCUACUGGCCCGACGAGACGGAGGUCUACGGCGACAUCAAGGUGACGCUAAUCGAGACGGAGCCGCUGGCAGAAUAUGUCAUCCGCACCUUCACCGUGCAGAAGAAGAGUCAUCAUGAGAUCCGUGAGAUCCGCCAGUUCCACUUCACCAGCUGGCCGGACCACGGCGUGCCCUGCUACGCCACCGGGCUGCUGGGCUUCGUGCGCCAGGUCAAGUUCCUCAACCCUCCAGACGCCGGGCCUAUCGUGGUCCACUGCAGUGCGGGUGCUGGGCGUACGGGCUGCUUCAUCGCGGUGGACAUCAUGCUGGACAUGGCGGAGAACGAGGGCGUGGUGGACAUCUUCAACUGCAUCCGAGAGCUGCGCUCACAGAGGGUCAACAUGGUGCAGACCGAGGAGCAGUAUGUGUUUGUCCACGACGCCAUCUUGGAGGCGUGUCUGUGCGGAAACACGGCCAUCCCAGUGUGUGAAUUCAGAGCCAUAUACUACAACAUCAGCAGAAUAGACCCACAGACCAACUCCAGCCAAAUCAAAGACGAGUUUCAGACAUUGAACAUCGUGACCCCGCGGGUGCGCCCUGAGGACUGCAGUGUGGGCUUGUUGCCGCGUAACCACGAUAAGAACCGCAGCAUGGACGUGCUGUCGGCCGACCGCUGCCUGCCGUUCCUCAUCUCCGUCGACGGCGAGUCCAGCAACUACAUUAACGCAGCACUCAUGGACAGCCAUAAGCAGCCGGCGGCCUUCAUCGUGACGCAGCACCCGCUGCCCAACACCGUGGCCGACUUCUGGAGGCUGGUGUUCGACUACAACUGCUCCUCCAUCGUCAUGCUCAACGAGAUGGACGCCGCACAGCUCUGCAUGCAGUACUGGCCAGAGAAGAGCUCCUGUUGCUAUGGCCCCAUCCAGGUGGAGUUCAUCUCGGCCGACAUCGACGAGGACAUCAUCAACCGCAUCUUCAGGAUCUGCAACAUGGCGCGGCCCCAGGACGGCUACCGGCUGGUGCAGCAUUUCCAGUUCCUGGGCUGGCCUGCGUACCGCGACACGCCGCUCUCCAAGCGCUCCAUACUGCAGCUGGUGAGGCGGCUGGCCAAGUGGCAGGAGCAGUACGACGGCGGGGACGGACGCACCGUGGUGCACUGCCUGACGGGCGGCGGCCGCAGCGGAACCUUCUGUGCCAUCUGCAGCAUCACGGAGAUGAUCCAGCAGCAGAACAUUGUAGACGUGUUCCACACCGUCAAGACCCUGAGGAACAACAAGUCCAACAUGGUCGAGACGAUGGAGCAGUACCGGUUUUGCUAUGAGGUGGCGCUAGAGAGUCUCAAUGCUUUCUGAGCGUCUGUAAAAGAGAGUUGCAGAAGAAGAAGUGGAGCACCUCCUUCAUGAUGGACAGUCAGAAGUUGUACAAAAAACACACUGAAGAAGCUUCAGCUCACAGAAACUGUACAAAAUAGAGAUACCACGCUCCUGUUUGAGGGGACGUGGCUUUGGAUUUUAUUGUUGCAAGAAAAAAAAGAAUCUUCAUCAGCUACGAAGACAAAAAAAAUACAAACCUUUCAAAAGGAAAAGAGGACACUACACUUCUUUUUUUUCUUCUCUUUUUGUCUAUGUCCAGCAUCCACGUGUAUUCUGGACUAGUGAUGUGAUGAUAUUGUACAGUACUUUUUAGAUAUAUACCUUGAAUGUUCCCAUCUGUGUAAAGGAAAACUAGACUACUGACAAAAAGUGUAUACAUGACCAUGAGAAAACGCUCUGGAUGUGACAGUGGGGUGAACCAAAUAGACUAUAACUGAGCGGUGUACAGCUUCCUAUGGGGAAAUUUUAAAAAGGCUCGUUUAAAAAAUUGAAGUGAAGAAAGGGGGGAAAAAAACAUGCCUAAUCACAAAUAUUUUUGUUAUUAUAAUGCUUCUGUGGUUC